GGUGGGGGCGAGGGGAGGCUAUAAAAGUAACUCCGCGGCACGUGCAGACUUCAGGGAAACUUCAGAGCCCGGCCGCGGCCGUAGAAGGCGCUGGGGCUGCCUGCGCCGCGCCGGGCACCCUCCCUGUGAGCCGGGCGGGCGGAUCCCCGAGGGCUGCAGGCGAGCCCGCUCCUUGCCCCAAGGUGGCCCUGGGAUGUUGGGCGAGUGAGGCGGGGGCGAGGAGGAGCAGCAGCAUGAGCGGCAAUGGGAGCGGGCUGAACGCCUCCCACCCGCCCGCGGAGCUCAGCCUGGACCGGCCCGCCUGGGUGGCUUCCACUUUGGCCGCCAUCCUCAUCUUCACCAUCGUGGUGGACGUGCUGGGCAACCUGCUGGUCAUCCUGUCCGUGUACAGGAACAAGAAGCUGCGGAACGCUGGAAAUAUAUUUGUUGUAAGCCUGGCCAUUGCAGACUUGGUAGUGGCGAUCUACCCAUACCCACUGGUCCUGACAUCUGUAUUUCAUAAUGGAUGGAAUCUGGGCUACCUCCACUGCCAAAUUAGUGGUUUCCUGAUGGGCCUAAGUGUCAUUGGAUCAAUAUUCAACAUUACAGGCAUUGCUAUUAAUCGAUAUUGCUACAUCUGCCACAGCCUCAAGUAUGACAAGCUGUAUAGUGACAAGAAUUCUCUGUGCUACGUCAUUCUCAUCUGGAUCCUGACAUUUGUUGCUAUUGUUCCUAAUCUGUUUGUUGGAUCUCUACAAUAUGAUCCACGAAUCUACUCUUGCACAUUUGCACAAUCUGUGAGCUCACCGUAUACAAUAGCAGUGGUGUUUUUCCAUUUCAUGCUUCCCAUAGGCAUAGUUACUUUCUGUUACUUGAGAAUAUGGAUCCUUGUUAUUCAGGUAAGGCGAAGGGUUAAACCUGACAACAAGCCCAGGCUGAAGCCACAUGACUUUAGGAACUUCGUCACCAUGUUUGUGGUAUUUGUACUGUUUGCGAUCUGCUGGGCUCCUUUGAAUUUCAUAGGCCUGGCUGUGGCUGUCGACCCAGACACAAUAAUCCCCAGGAUUCCAGAGUGGUUGUUUGUAUCCAGUUACUACAUGGCAUAUUUCAACAGCUGCCUUAAUGCUAUCAUAUAUGGACUUCUGAACCAGAAUUUCAGACGAGAAUACAAGAGAAUUAUUGUCACAAUUUGUACAGCAAAGGUUUUCUUUCAGGAUAGUUCUAAUGAUGCAGCGGAUAGGAUGAAAACCAAACCCUCACCACUGAUUACAAACAACAAUCAAGUGAAGGUAGACUCAGUGUGAAAUUGGGAUCCUCACCAUUGCCAAUCUACAACAUUCAAACACUAGUUCUGUUUUAUUAGCUACACAGUUGAAGUGCUGUACUGAAAUACUAGUCCUAUAUGAAAGGUACUUGGACAAUGUUCUGUGUACAGUAUUUGUGAGCCAAAGUAACACAGCCUUGACAUAAAGAGCCUCCUGUUGUACAAUAUGUCUUUCAAAUAACGACUGACUUAUAUGCUUAAGGUAUUACAGGGUUACAGAAUUUUUUUAAAUUUUCUGUUUAACAUCGAUAACUGAAGAUGGAUGGGAACUGAACUGCCAUAUUAACUGGCUGUUUGAAAAAGCAUCAAUCUGGACUCCCUAAAUUGCAAGGCAGGUUAUGGUACUGAUCUUGACACCCUUAACAACUUCUGUUAAAGGAAAAAUGGGAGCUAUUUAUUCCAGUGUGCGGGAACAUGAAAAGAGGAGGGAAAAUACUUGAAAUGUUUCACUAAGAAUCUCAGUCUAUAUAUUUAAGUUCCUAGAGUAGUCAUAACUUUGUGGCAAAUAAGCCUUACCACUCCUUUCAGGUAACUACACAGCCCUUGUUUAGUUCUCCUCUUUAAAACUGUUUUUAGGAGGAAAAAUAUGCAUGUCUGAUUAUCUCAAAAGCUACAAGGGCCUAUAGAACAGCUUGGGGUAUGCUGGGGGAUGGCAGGGAGUACACAUGGGUUCAGCAGGAACUCAAAGAACAUGGGGGGGUUUUGAGGUAUGGGAACUUCCAACUUCCCUAAUGUCCAGGAGAAAUACAAUGGGAGAAGCUUGGAAGCCACCCAAAAGGAGAGAAUGGGGCAGAUAUCCUCUGGAGAUAGUAGAGAGAAGUGCCUGUUGCUCCUCUGUGACCUAUGGGUGGCAGCGGGAAUUGCCAGGCAUGGACCAAGAAGCCAAAUGCACUUAUGAGGGCACCUGAGGGGAAUGGGAGUUUGUUUUGGGGAGUGACAGGGCCUCCAUGGGUUCUGACUGCUUAGCUGAACUCUCAACCACAUGAAGCCUGGAGG